AUGGCAGACAGCAACCCAAGGGCCACUGCCCUUCCACCUCCGGUAUACCACCUCACAUCACACGACCCCGAAACAGGCAGGUCGGUCUUCAAAUCUCAACCUCUCGAAGCCGAGCCCGACAACAAAAUUCCUCAGACCACCCUCUGGCACCUUCACACGACGACCACCUUUCCAGCCAAUCUCAAUGACGAGGUCGAUCUCGAGGAGCACUACGCCAACAAUGUCCCUAGCAUGAACACGCUCCACAAGUCGGGCGGUACCGUCUGUCGCAUCGUUGACUUUGCGCCCGGCAACAUACCCUUCAUGCACCGCACCUCGUCGCUCGACUACGGCGUCGUCCUGCAAGGCAAGAUCGAGUACUUCCUCGACGACGGUGCCUCGCGCGUCUUCGGCCCGGGCGAGGUCGUUAUUCAGCGCGGCGUCAUGCACGGCUGGAAGACGGCGGGCGACGAGCCCGUGCGCAUGCUGUUCGUGCUGUCGGAUGCGCAGCCUGUCGAGGUGGCAGGGGAGACAAAGGGCACGUAUUUGCCGCUGGACAAGAUGCCCGAGAGCACGAGGAAGGCUAUGGGUGGAUGA